AUGGAUCCCAUCAUCUCUUUCCUCCAAGACAGAACACUGCCAAAUGAUGCUACUACAUCAAUUCGCAUCCGAAGCAUGGCUGCCAACUUCAUCCUUAUAGGGGAUGAACUGUAUGAGAAGGCAUUUGUAGGUCUGUAUCUCAAGUGUCUUCCUCCAUCUGAAGCUGAUUAUGCUCUACGAGAAGUUCAUUCCGGAAUAUGUGGGAGCAUCUUGGUGGUAGGGGUAGAUAUUAUUGUGUCAUUUCCGAUAGCUACUGGGCAACAAAAAUUCAUCAUCCUAGCUGUCGACUACUUUACCAAAUGGGUAGAAGCAAAGCUGCUUGCGAAGAUCACUGAGGCAAAUGCAAAACAGUUUGUAUGGAAAAACAUCAUAUGUCGCUUUGGGCUUCCUGCGAAGAUUAUCACUAAUAAUAGGACUCAAUUCACUGGAAGGGUUUUCACAUCAUUCUGCAAGGAUCUUCACAUUCAGUUGGUGCACACUGCUGUGGCGCACCCCCAAACAAAUGGACAAACAGAGGUGAAGAAUCGUACUGUGCUCAAAGGAUUGAAAACUCGACUUGAGAAGGCUGGGGGGCAAUGGGUAGAAGAGCUGCACAACGUCCUUUGGGCUUAUCACACAACUACGCGUACUCCAACUGGAGAAACUCCAUAUAACCUGUGUUUCGGCACCGAGGCUGUCGUUCCUGUUGAUAUUGGAAUUCCAAACCCCCGAGUCAAGACUUUUGACUUGGAAGGCAAUGAAGAAAAGCUCCGACAACUGUUGGAUCUUCUCCCAGAAAUACACGAUGUGGCCCACCUAAGAGCUGCUUCCUACCGCCAAAGAGUUGCUCGCCACUUCAACCGGAGAGGCAAGCCCCGUUUGUGA